CUCACAUUUCCCCUCUACCCAAGGACAGCCAACAUGAAGAUAGUCAUCAUCGGUGGCGGCAUCUCCGGCUUCGCGACAUAUCUGGCCCUCCGCCAACAUCUGCCUCGCCCUUCACCCCCCGCCACCGACCACGAAUACACCAUCUACGAGGCCUACGACACGGGCCAGGAUACGACCUUCCGUGAGCGCCCCGAGGGAGGCCCACACUCGUCCACCCUCAUCGUGGGCGGGGGUCUCGGCGUCGGGCCCAAUGGGCUGCACGUCCUCCAGCGCCUCGACGCGCAGUUACUGCGCGACACCGUCCAGGGUGGAUACGUCGUCGACCACAGCAAUCUGAAAAGCAAACACGGCCGUCUUCUCGUGCGAUUGGACUCCCGUGGAGCGUGCAGCUCCGCCCAGCAGACCGCGGGGCAUCAGUCCCCGAUGCAUCUGCUGGGCACCAGCCGCCAUUCGCUCUGGCGGUGUCUGCGUGUGCGCAUCCCCGAUGCUGUCAUCGUCCACAAACGCGUCUCCGGGGUUGUCGCCAAUCCCCAGGGUCGGAACCAGGUCCACUUCACUGAUGGCAGCCCGUCUGUGGAGGCGGAUCUGGUCAUUGGGGCCGAUGGGCUUAAGAGCACCGUCAAACGGGCUCUGUUUCCUGAGGCGAAUGAGGACCCGUAUCCUCCACAUUAUGAAGGCCUCGUCGGCAUCGGCGGGUUCGUCCCCUCUGCACUCGUGCAACCAUACGUCGAGGACGGGUCGAUGAACUUCGUCUUCGGUGGCAACGGAUUCUUCGGCUACUUCUACGCAGACAGUGCCUCGUCGGCCUCCCAUCGCGACUCGCCCUACCACGUCUCCCCGCCGGGGGACUUACUGGGAUGGUGGUCCACCUAUUCGAUUGACGAGUGCCCGAAUCCUAAAGACCUUGACACCGAGGACGUCACCCGUCAGCUGCGCGAGCGCUACAGCACAUGGCCCGACCCCGUCGUCCAAGCGGUCAUCGCAUCCAUCCAUGUCGAGAACAUGUGGCCCAUGUGGACGUCGCCGUCGCUACCCACCUGGGAGCGCGACGGGCUCGUGCUGGUCGGUGAUGCCGCGCAUGCCCUGCCCCCGACCUCCGGCCAAGGAUCGUCCCAGGCCUUGGAGGACGCGGAGGCUUUGGCCAGGAUCCUCGGUCAUUAUCUGCGUCCCUCCUAUGCCGAGCCCCAGCUGGACAGGGCCACCGAGAAGCUAGCCCUGAAAGCCGCCGCCAAGCAGUAUAUGGACCUCCGACGGCCCAGAGUGCAGGCCAUCCUGGAGCGGGCCAAGGCCAUGCAGAAUACCAAACGGGACAUGAGUUUCGUCCAGGAAUAUGUGAUGUAUCUGCUGCUGUGGCUGAUCGGCUGGUUUCCCAUCCUAUUUUCGAGGCAGCAACGCCAGGUCUACGACUACGACCUGCCCGCCGAGGUCAACCGGGUCCUGGCCAGGGGGGGGUCGAUGGAUUAAGCUGUGGGCUCCACCAUGAGCCCCAUCGGACCUGUCGACUGGGGGCCCUGCAUCAGUAAGGAGACCGUUGUCAAAUGUGGCGCCUGCUCAGCCUCCGAAACAGGCAAAACUGCCAGGACCAAUGCCAAUAUCAUGCACCAAGGAUCACCGUUAGGCCUUCCGUCUCUCUGGAUGGACUCGCGGUGUAUGCGACAGGUCAUCCACCCCUUCCUGGACCGCACGCAUAUCCGCCGAGCUAACUAUCGAUCUGCG